AUGCGUGGAUCGGGCUUCAGGUCCCUGGCGAGAACUACGUAUCUGUACAAUCUUCUCGUAGUCCUUGUAGGUGGCACCAUCGAGUGCCGCCAGCAACGAUACUCUACCCCGUCAACCCCUCUUCACGAUCCUGCCUGUGUGGCGCUGGAAAGCAUCAACGAAGACAUGGGAGUUUGGCAAGUCAUGGCGGAGUAUUCGAAUCUCAAGGGUGCGAUCAUCAACGGAAAUGGCAGCUAUUCCUGGGAUGUCUUGCUGGUGCCGCAGUCCUGCAUCGGCGCCAUCCACUGCAGCGGACACGGCAACGCCGUGGGCCUGCCGGGCAGCUGCCGCUGUACCUGCUUCGAGGGCUACGCCGGGCCCAGCUGUGAGAUCUGCGCCACAGGCUACCUCCAGUAUCCCCAGUGCAGCCGAGCUCCUUCGGCGAGUGCUGCGUGGCGACUCCGGAGCUUGGGGACGGCGGUGUGGCACGUGCAGGACAUCAUUUUCUUCCAGGACUUGCAGUGCAAUCCGGCGAGCCAAGUCAGCACAGCUGCCGCCGAGUCGAAGUACAUUGCCUCCAACUGGCCACUUGAAUCCGGGGACGAGGCUUCGGCAGUCAACCCAGCUCGUGCCUUCGAUCCCUCUGGCGAAGCCACCGCUUGGAUAGGCAGCUGUGGUGGUGUGGCGGCCUGCGAUGGGCCCUGGGUGGGUGUGAUCCUCCCGCAGGAGACCUCCAUCCAGUGCGUGGACUUGGUUCAAGGUCAGGCAAGCUUUGCGGCGGACGAAGUUGCUCUUGAGCUUUGGCAGGGCCCGCUCGAUGACCUCGCCCCUGUGCCCGAGCCUGCUGAUGCGUCUCGCAAUGGCACAAACCAGACGAACAUCACUGAGGACACUGCCUCGGCUGACCCGGUUUCUGGCUGGUGGAUGAUCCGCUCUUGGCCCAACCUCCGAGUACGUGAGGCGCCGACGCGUCUACAGUUGCGCUGUGACGUGGGCAUGCCCGGCGGGGUUGGGAAUGUCCUGCACGACUGCGACGACUUCAAGCAGCCCUGGCAGCAAUGUACGGCCUGGUGUGAGCCUGGCUACUCGGGGCCUACAGCUACGUUCCUCUGCCUCGACGACUACACCUUCAGGGGCAUCUCACCCGCAUGCGUUCCCAACGAAUGCCGCAUGGGAAUUCCUCUGAAGGUGGGACUGAUUAUUGCGGACGGCUGCAGUGGCCUGCGAACUGGUGGCACGUGCUUCGCGCGCUGCGCCAGUGGCUUCACGGGCACAGAGUUGGAGUACGUUUGCAGAGCCGAUGGGUACUUGCGAGAGAAAAGCAGUGAUCAGGCUGGGCAAGCAAGUGUCGCAUCUGGCAUCGGUGCAGCAGUUGGCGUCCUCCCCUCCUGUGAGUCGACCGACAUCUUCUACGAGCUCACUGGCCAUGCUGGGCCUGUUCUAGGAGGUGCCAGCUCGAUGCUGGUGGUCUUUGUGCUGGUGGUGGGCCACGUCACUUGA